AUGGAUAUCCUUGAUCAAUUCCCUUCCGGAGGAUAUACGAGCUUCCCCGUAGCAGAGUCCUUGCGCUCGUUCGCGUCAACCGUGGCGCUGGAUGACGGCGGCCCGCUUCGAAAUGAGUCGCGACUGUCGAAUCGCCCCGAUCAAUGGUCUGACGGUCAUUCACGAGCCGACGACCUCCUCUCCGACUUUCCCCAUCCACCAAAGAGUUCGCACGCCGUCGACACCACCGUAAAGGACGGCAACCAACUCACCUCCAAGCCCUCCAUCAAGACCCUGCGACGGAACUACAUAGUCCACGAGCUGCCGCUGUUACAGGAACUGAACCCGUACGACGGGUCCAACCAGUUCAACCCAGUCAAUGCCGACGGCGUCUCCUACGACCUGAUCGCCCCGUAUGACGGAGAGGAAGCACCGCUGCAUAGCCUGGAGAAGCUUGGUGACCUCAUGUUCUCUUCCGAGCAUAUGCUUGCGAUUCUGAACAGUCCACGCUAUCUAUCGCAGUUCCGUGACUUCCUGCUCGAUGAACGUCCGCAGUCGCUUCCCUCCUUGACAUACUACCUGAACGCGCGCAAAGCCCUCCAGGCAAUCAAAUAUGCCAACUCCCUUGUCCGCUUAUCGAUUGACGUCCCCACGGCCAAGAUCAACACAACUGACUCGCCCAUUGGGCCCACCACAAACGCUGCGCUGGAACGGCGCGUUGAGGAAGCGCUUCUGGCGCUGACCGCCGAGGAGCUCCCCGCGUUCAUCACAUCUAAUUGCAUCCGGAUCACCAGUAAAGUGGUCGAGGAGCGGGUGCGUGGGACGCUGCCAAAACGGUUUCGAGGAACGUCGGAUGCUCUGGCAGAGGUUUUCUGUUUGACGGAUCCAUCGCGUCCGGACAAUCCGAUUAUCUUUGCGUCAGAGGAGUUCCACCGUACCACACAGUAUGGUAUGGACUAUGUUCUCGGAAGGAACUGUCGCUUCUUGCAAGGGCCCAAAACAAACCCCAACAGUGUUCGUCGGAUACGGGAAGCCAUCGAAGCCGGACGGCAUCAUUCCGAGUUGUUUCUGAACUAUCGACGCGACGGAUCCCCUUUCAUGAAUCUCCUGCAAUGCGCUCCGCUUUGUGACAGCAGCGGCAAGAUCCGGUACUUCAUUGGGGCCCAGAUCGAUGUGUCCGGACUGGCGAUGGAUGGUGCCCAGAUGGAGUCCCUCCAGAAGCUGCAGGAACAACAGCGGAAAGUCGAAGGCGACGAUGGCCAGCGAACGAUAUCCUCUGCGUCCGAAUACUCGAUGCUGCCUAAAAGUGAAUUCCAAGAGAUGUGCGAGCUGUUCAGCCCGCGAGAACUGAUUAACGUGCAAGAAAACGGGGGUAACCUGUUCAACCCCACUGCCAACGCACGAUACAGUACUCGCAGCUCCCGACCUUGGCCGGUCCCAGAUUCUUCAUCGGAGAGCGAUAUUGAAGCAGUGAUUCGGGAGUCGGCAGCGAAAUCGUCCUUACUGAGAGGGUCGUUGAUAGGGGCGUAUGGAAACUAUCUGCUCGUCCGCCCAUAUCCAUCCCUCGCUAUCCUGUUCACAUCGCCUUCGCUUCAGAUCCCGGGGAUCCUGCAGACUUCGUUCUUCUCGCGUAUCGGCAGCUCCUCGGUUAUCAAAGACCAGCUGCUGGAGGCGAUGAAGGCUGGCCGCAGCGUGACAGCGCGGAUCAAGUGGGUGACGCGGUACAACACGGAAGGUCGGCAUCGAUGGGUCCAUUGCACGCCCUUACUGGCCAGCAAUGGGGAGGUCGGCGUCUGGAUGGUGAUUGUGGUGGACGAUGACGAGGACGAGGUGAAAUGGAUGGGGAACUGGCCAACAACAGGAUAG